AUGCGGUCUGCCUUACCUUCUGAGCACCGUGUCCUUUUCCUGGAACACCGCGAGUCCGGUUUUCAGGUCAUAACCCGCGCCACACCUCAACCGAGCCAUGGCAGCGCUGUGAUCCGCAUCGCCGCAGCUGCCAUUCUACCCUACCAUCGAGAUGUUUACAGCGGUAAGCGCCCGCUACCGUUUCCCACACCGCUAGUGGGUGGAUUCAGUGCAAUCGGUCACGUCGCAGCUGUCGGACCGGACGCGACGGCCUUGAAAUCGGGGCAACUGGUUUACAUUGAUUGCGUUAUACGCGCACGUGAUGACCCAGAUUGUUCUUUUCUGUCGGCCUAUUUUCACGGAUUCAGUGAUGGUAGCAUAAAAUUGAUGCGUGAUAUGUGGCGCGAUGGGACGUACGCGGAGUACGCCAAGGUGCCGCUGGAGAAUUGUAUCCCACUCAAUGAGUCACGCCUGUGUGAUGGGUUGGGAUAUUCGCUCCAGGACAUGAUGUAUAUGGCGUAUCUACUUGUGCCGUAUGGUGGGCUAAGGGACAUUAAGCUCGAGCCUGGCGAGACCAUCAUCAUCUGCCCAGCGACGGGGUUUUAUAGUGGCUUCGCUGUGCAAGUUGCCAUUACGAUGGGUGCAAGGGUCAUUGCCAUGGGUCGAAAUGAGGAGAAGCUAGCGAACCUGAAGGAGCAGGUGCAGCAAAGAUCACCAGGGGCGGAUAUUGAAACAUCCAAGAUAACAGGCGAUGAACAGAAAGAUGCAUCUGCGUUGCAGGCUUUUGGUCCUGUUGAUGCUGUUUUCGACAUCACGCCAUCAGCUGCAUCGAUGUCGACCCACACACGAAGCGCUAUAAAGGCACUGCGUCGUGGUGGUAGAGUUAGUCUAAUGGGGUCUACCAGGAAUAUUUCGGUCCAGGAGAUUAUGAUGAAUGACAUUACACUAAAAGGCAAAUCGAUGUAUGAACGAGAGACUAUAUUGCAGUUCGUCAAGAUGCUGCAGAGGGGUUUAUUCCCAAUAGGUAAGGGAUCGGUGGAAACGAAGGCCUUUGCGUUGGAUAAGUGGAAGGAAGCCCUUGAUGUCGGUGCGGACCAUAAUGGUAUCGGCAAAUGUGUAGUAUUUACCCCAGUCUCUUCAUAA